UUUUCUUUUUCACGCAAUACAAGUAUCGAAUAGUAAAUUUCAACCAUUAUUCAAACAUUAUUCAGAAAUCGCUUUUUUUUUGGAGUAGAAACUUACGUGAUAUCUUGACGAUGAUAGCCGCGGAUUGGAAAGAAAGUGCGAAAGAUCCAUUCAGCAUGCACAUGACAACGAAUAUGGCUAAUCUCUCACAUCGCGUUUCGAAUGCAAUUAUCGGCCUUCACAUGGCCGCCGUGGUGACCUAUAGUCUUGGCGUAGUUUUGUCCAAUACCGAGGCUGAUAAUUUUAAUAUGUCAACUACUCCUGUUCGACAGCUUAUCCUGAGGAUGGAAUUUCCCUUUGACAGCAACAGCUCACCCGUACACGAGUUCGUAAUGAUAGGGCAAUUUUUUCAUCUGGUAACACAAGCCUGCGCGAUUGACGUGCUGAACGCUUUAAUUAUGACGUUGGUAUUUCACGUUGGCGGUCAAAUCGAUAUUUUACGGGAACGGUUGACAAACGUUUUUUCCAGAAAGAACGUGCACGAUUUAACCAGAAUCGCAAUUAAUAAUCUGAUAGGAAAACAUCAAAAGAUUAUUUUAUAUAUAGAAAAUGUUGAGAGCCUUUAUUGUUACAUCGCGUUGAUGCAAUUUAUAUCGAAUACUUUAAUUAUUUGCUCCCUAGGAUUUGUUAUCGUUAUCUCAAUAAACGGUCCAGACAGUUCCACAAUAUUGGUGAAGACUCUACUGUUUUACAUCGUCAUGAACCUCGAGGCUUUCAGUUUUUGUUUUGCCGGGGAAUACUUAAGUACAAAGAGUCAACAUAUCGCAGACGCGGCUUAUGGAUCUUUUUGGUAUGAUAUGCAUGUAAACGAGAGUCAAAUGAUAUCAUUUCUAAUAUUGAGAUCGCAAAAACGAUUAACAGUUACAAUCGGAAAAAUUAUGGAUCUAUCAUUGGAACGUUUUACCAGUAUUGUAAAAGCGUCUGCGUCUUAUGUAUCUGUGCUACUUGCCAUGUCCUGAAUAAAGAAUUAAAUGGUUAGUUAUAAAGAAUUGUAAACAUUAAUAUUUAAAAAAAUUGAAAGAAAUAAUAUUUAGGCCUACAGUUUUACAUUUUAUACAUUCUUACAUUUUAUACAUUCUGUCGUUUUCUCUGCCAUUUUAUUAUCACUCAUAUCUUAUUAAUAAUGCGCGCAAUGAAAAACAUGUAUUAUAUUUUUAUUAUUUUAUAUUUUAU